AUGAAUCGAAAGGACAAUACUAUUCAUCCUGAGAUGAAGUGGCUCAUAGAUUCGACAACAUGUGAUUUGGUCGACGCACAAAAAUUACCAAAAGGCGAAAGACAGUACGCUAUUCUAUCGCACACUUGGCGACAGAAUUACCGUGAACCAUCAAUGCCCGGGUCUUUGCCAAAAUCGCGAACAGGAAUUUCUGAAGUCCAAUACGAGGACAUGCAGGGGCUCCAUCACCACCGAGAUCAGGUGAAGCCGCAUGGGUGGAGAAAGGUGAAGGACUUUUGCCGAUUUGCAGCAAGCCGCAAUCCCCCGCAUAAAUAUGUUUGGAUGGACACUUGUUGUAUCAAUAAAAGGAAUCAUACUGAAAUGACCAAGUCUAUUCAAAGCAUGUAUGAAUUCUAUGAGCAGGCCACGGUAUGCUAUGCCUACCUCUAUGGGGUAGACACAGGUAAUAUGAAUUGGCAUGGCGCUUUUAUGUCACAAAGGUGGUUCACCAGAGGCUGGACGUUGCAGGAACUUCUCGCCCCAAAAACACUAAUCUAUGUGGACAUGAAGUGGCGCGAAAUCGGAAACGCAGCUACAAUGGAAGCGCCAGGCGCGCUACAAGAUGUAUUGGCCAAUCCAAGUCGUCAGACCCAGGAAAUAGUCACCGGGAGUCGCCCGGUCCUGUCAAAUGAUAUGGCCACUCAACUUGCAUGGGCUGCGAGACGGCAGCUGAGUCGCGUGGAAGACCAAGCUUAUUCGCUUCUUGGGUUGUUACGGAUCAAGAUAGACAUCAACUAUGGAGAGGGAAAUAACGCCUUCUUACGUCUUCAGAUGGCUCUCAUCCAGGAGUAUCGAGACAUCUCUAUACUUGCAUGGUAUACAAACACUGGUAAUAAAACCUUUCAACUUAUGGAAAUGUUCGUUUGUCAGUUUGUUAAUGAAGCGACAGAUAUUGAAAAGGCUUACAAAAAGCGCCAUCAAGUCGAACAGAAGCCCACCUUUGGUAUCCUGGCACCAAGUGUAGACUUCUUCUAUAAAGAGCACUCAGCAAAGAGACUUCUCGAUGGGAACUGGAAUGGCCAGGCUCAGACGUCGAUUGGAUAUGAACGUGGCCAUGAUUAUCUUACUCUCACAACGACAAUACUUCGAAUCACCAUCACAAUCAAGUACGAUGGCGACAUACGAGUUUCCGAGAUUUCCGAGGAGAAAUAUGUCGCACAGGUGAUGCACAACAGCAAGACGAAUACGAGGGUAGGUAUAAUCUUGGUGCCAGAUCCCAGACACCCGGGGAAGAAGGGAAAGGAAAGACGCUUCAUGCGAAAAUUCCAUGAUCAGGCUCUAUUUCUUUUCAAAUAUGAUCCUAAGGAAAACUUGAAGUCAUGCAAAGGAGUCUUUAAUCCAGGAUAUCUUCAUGUCGACUUUCCGAGACUUUCAGAGCAUCCUGUUGAGCCUUAUCCCCUGCGAGAGGUUCGCAUCAGUUUGUAA